UUGCUGUUGUUUUGGUCCCUUUUCAUUGAUUAUACUACAGCUCAGAGUUUCUAGAAAAUAUUUAAACCAGCAUUCUCAUUUUUUGAGCUGAAUUUUACAAUUUCAAAUUUUUCUCACUAACCUCAUAAUUGUUAGACUUUUUGAAUUUGGUAUCUUGUUAAAUAUGCAUUCAGUUUUGCAAACAACUAUUUUUAGGCAUGAAAUUAAUGAAAGAAAGAACUCCAUUUGAUAUGUGUUGCAAACCUUCAGGGCAUGACGCUAGAUCAGUCAUGCUCUGAUAAAAAGACUUUUUCAAAUGCAUCAGUUCAGCAAUUUGUUUCUUUACAGUUCGAAAACUUGAUAAUGAACCAUGACACUGACAAAGUUAUUUUCGUAAUAGUGGCUACAGUCGUCAUAACUGAAGAAGAAAAGAAAUGACUUUUAUAGUGUGUUAUGACUGUUUCUAAGUCCUUAAAAAGAUUAUUCGUCUACCACCUGAAUAAUAAUUUGUUGUGAUCUGUGGGUAGUGCGUCACGAAAUGUAUAGAAAUAUAAAAUAGGAAAAUCUUGCGGUGUCCGGCACCGACCGCUAACAAUUCAUGGCAGUGGCAGCAAAAUAAUUGCAUGCACGCACGAUUUGUCUUUGAUGGGCUCAUUUCAAACUCACGCUAAACCAGUAUCACCUACCGUGUCAGCUUUUUUUCAUUUCCAUUUUUGCUGGUUAUUAAUUAUUCACGAAAUUACGAAAAGGCGAAUUAGCGAACAAAAAUUACUUUCAAGGCACUCCCAGAGACUCUGUGAGCUGGAAUGAGUAAGGCAAGGAAUUUUAUCUAAAAAGCGUCAAAUUUUCUGAGAGCAAAACCUUACGUGCAGAAAAAGACGGAGGCACCCACCAAAAAUGAUCGUGUUGGAAAGGUUGUUUAUUUUGUCUUUUCACUUCUUCCUUGUCGCUUCUGGGGACAACAAUACUACAAGCUUUUAUCAAGGGAUAAAUACCACCGUUUUAUCCAGCACCAUUAAUGUAUCCCCUAUUACUUCAAUUCAAGUGCAGUACGACGCUGGUUCAGCAAGCACUGUACAGCCGCCGGCAUCAGGUUUGCUAAGCGCGGAUGACUCCAUCGUUACUCGUGGACCAAAGGACAAGUUAGAUUAUUCUUCUGUUUUACCCAUUUUCACUAAUAUAUCUCCUACAUCUUCUACUGAAGUGCAGAACAACGCUAGUUCAUCAACUACUGGACAACCGACGGCAAAAGGAUUGCCAAACGUGGAUAGCUCCAUCGUUAACUGUGGACCGAAUGAGAAGUUAGAUUAUUCUUCCUAUGAAGAAAAUUCUGCCUUCUUCUCGAAGAAUUUAGCCCAACGAUUAAGGGCAUGGAAUAAUACUUUGGAAAAUGCUUCUAAACAAUGCAUCAAAGAGCUCAUCAAGCGAAAUGUCACUGUGGAAAGCGUAGAAAUCAAAUUUUCGGUCUUCCAGACUAAAGACAUUGAUCUAGAGGCUGAAUUUUUAACUCUUGAAACAGUCCAUCCUGUGCUUGUGAGAGAAAAGAGCGGCCAUGACCUCGUGAACGUUGCUUAUUUGUCUAUUCUUGAGUUGUGGCCUCUGUUGGUCUUGUGUUUCACUUGUGCUGCGCUUUCAGGAAUGAUCUUGUGGUUCUUAGACCACCGUUCAAAUUCAGAGCAGUUUCCAAGACGUUUUUGGAGAGGCAUUUUUGACGGCAUGUGGUGGGCAAUCGUUACUAUGACAACAGUAGGGUAUGGUGACAAGGCUCCAAAAUCUUUGUUUGCUCGUCUGUUUGCCACAGUGUGGAUGAUCACUGGAAUUAUUCUGCUGUCCAUGUUCACAGCUCAAGUGUCCUCUCGUCUAACUGCUCAGGAACUCAAGAGUGACGACCAUUUGUUUGGUAAAACGAUUGGAGUCCCACCUGGCCUCUAUGACUCUGAUUAUGUUGAUUACGAGAUGACGUCUGCUAUCAUCGAAGAAAUUACCGAACCAAUAGAAUCUGUGUCGGUUUUGACUGCCAAAGGACUGGAUUCCAUGGUGGCGUUCCACUGCAAUGACAAAGAAGCUAGCAAUGAUUCCUGGGAAGUGAUCCAAUUCUUGCCGCUAUGCAAGAUCGGUGUUUCUCUAUUUGUUCAUAACGAGUCUAUUGAAAUUGAAACUAAGCAGAAGUUCUUCAACUGCAUGACAGCAAAGAUAGCAUCCGAAACCCGGAAGAACAGAACGGGGGUGCUAAGAAAACAAAACAACAAAGUGAAAGAAUCAAAAUCGUGCCAGAAACUUUUGAAACAACUCGAGGGCCUUAAGUUUGAGUUCAAAUGGGUUUACUUCAAAAACCUGCCGCAGUACCUGAUCCCCUUUGGUGCAGUUCUAGGAACCAUCUUACUCGCUUUCAUUGCUGGGACAGUGUGGGAUUGCUGCUCCAAAGAUAAAGAGGGUAAACGCUACACGAAAAAAGGUUUGGAAGAAGGCUUAAUGGCUCAAACAAGUUUUGUGCUUAAAGAUUCUACUCAAGAAGAAAGCGAAUCCAUUGCGGUUGCAGGCAAGAACUAGACCGAAGACAACAUGCAUUGUUAUACUGCGUAAAAAUGAGACUUCUGUCUCUAUUCUCCUCGAUUCAGACCCUGGAUUUCCUGUGGUGCAGUGGUUGUUACCUUCACCUCAGUGAAACGUAGAAAACCGAAUUUAUAGUCUUCGCUGCUUAUAUUACAUCGCUGUUAUAACUUGUUUUCCGUCAGACUGUCGGCUAUUUCCGUCAUGAAACAGAUCUGCUGUGAUCUUACGUAUAUAACAUGUGGCUGAUCACUCUAGGUUAGAAUAUCUUUUGCUGUAUUACUAAUUUCAAUCAGGAACUUUGUGGUGCAAUUUUUGUCGCGCCCAUAAGCUUGAUUGUCAGUCGCCGUUCAGGAAAGGAGCGCACGUCCUCCCUUUGAAGUUCUUCCCGGGAGGACGCGCGGGGAUUGUACCAAUCGGACCAAAAACAGCCUGUGUGAACGGACUUUGAGGGGGCAAUCUGAACAAAUAGAGUUGAAUUCCAGAGGUCCGUGGUUCACACAGCAAAUUCUGCUUGCAGCUUGCCAAAUUCAACUCCUUGUGUACGAUGAUGUAAAUAGCUGAAUAGCUAUAAACCAAAAGAAUUCACGAUGAAAUCCUGCCUCACGCUAGGCCGUGAGUAUUAAAGUUAACUGAUCAUUUACUAUUGGCUAUUGCGUGACUAUUUGUCAUAAAAGGGGUCUAGGUCGACUUUAUCUCCCUUAUUUGGAUUCCUUAAAAGUCGCCUCAUUUUAUAAUAUGGUUCCCCUCAUUGCAGUCGCGUAUAAGAAAUUUUAAAUUUUACCGGAAAAUGGGUCCACGACAAAUGCAGCUGGAAAAAAGCCAUCAGUUACCUAGUCUGGUACCCGGGCUUUCCUUUCCUGUGCAUGCCCAAUACCUUAUAGCUUGUAUACUGUAAAUAUUUCAGAAAUUUUGCUAGUGGAUUCCAAUAGACCCUGCUCAUAAAUGGCUGCCAAUUAAAAAUUAUUUUGUAAGUAUUAAAAUUAGCCCAACUAACCUCGUUUUUGAGUUGAUAAUUCAAAAGAAUUUUUACACUCAAACGAGGUUAGUUGGCCAUUGGCUCAUUUAAAUGCUUACAAAAGAAAUUUAAAUUAGCAGCCAUCUAUGAAUAGGUUCUAUUGCUUGUCCUAACGUAAAAUGGCCUUUAAAAGGUGUAAAUUAGUUUGUUAUGUGGAGCGAAUAAAUUUAAAUAUUAUAAUAGAAGUACAUGUAGAUGGUUUUGUAGGAAUGUAUUACAUUUUUUAGUUAGGGACAUUUUACCGUAACUGUAAUGGUGUAAUGCAACUGUUAUGCCAUACUUCAGUAGGAAAUAAAAUAAAAAUCCCGGCCAUUUGCUAUAAUCAAA